CGGAUGCAGAUCGCAUCAGGGCAGUUCGACCCGGGAUUGGGCACUGAGUACUGCACGACGAGCAAGGCAUUCGAGCGACGCCCGAGCGACUGCGUGGGAUCUUCAGUAGUGAAUUUCAAGAUGCCGGCCGAAUCAGCAUACUGGCUCGUCGCGGUGCCGCUCGAGAACCAUGAUCCACAUAUUCAAUUCUCCAGCUUGGCCACGGCUCUCGGCGUUGGCUCCUCGGGCAGCGCUUUUCAAUCGCCCUCAUCAUCAGCGCUCUGCUCCAGCAUCGGUCAGGUAGCUCUACCGCCUUUCAAGACGGGGACCCUUGCUUCCCUCAUUGCGCUGUCCGAGGAGCUGCCCAAGCACGAUACCUUGUUCACCUCCAUCACUAACAAGGUCGUCGACUCGCUCAGGGCCCUGUUGAAUAACGACGAGGAGCAGCUACGGCAGCACGUGCUCGUCAAUGAAGCCAGCGUUGGCCAGUAUGUCCUCGGGAAUUGGAGCUGGAACGCAGGAAAAUACCGGGUGGGAGAGCGCGCAUUGAGCGACGUUGUUGACAGCCUUGUCAAGGAAAUGAAUUCGAUCGACAACGUGAUGAAGCAGAAGCUGAACGCAUAUAACAUGGCCAAAUCGCAACUUCAAGCCCUGCAGAGAAAGAAGAAGGGUAAUCUGUCCGUCCGCUCCCUGGCUGACGUUGUCUCGCGAUCCGACUUUGCCGAUCCCGCUUCCGAGUACCUCGAGACCCUGCUCGUGGCAGUGCCUAAGAACAACAUUAAGGACUGGCUCUCGCGGUACGAGCGCUUGACGCAGAUGGUCGUGCCGCGGUCAUCGAAGGAGAUUGCGCGCGAUGAAGAAUUUGCGCUGUUCAAUGUCACGCUCUUCAAAAAGGUUAAGGAGGAGUACUUGCAAAAGUGCAGGGAGAACAAAUUCGUCGUACGAGAAUUCAUCUGGGAUGACCAGCUGGUCCAGCGGCACAAACAAGAGCUGGAAGAGGCAGGAACGAGCGAAAAGGAGCUUUGGACCGAGCUUCUCCACUUAUCACGCACCAACUUUUCAGAGGCCUAUCAAACACUUAUGCAUCUCAAGGUAGUGCGGGCAUUUGUCGAGAGCGUCCUGCGAUACGGUCUGCCAGCCGAUUAUUUUGCAGUAGCCAUGAAGCCGAAUCGGAAACGCACAAAACAGCUGCUUCAGGAACUCUCAAAGCAGUACGGCCACUUCCUGACCGAGCGCAAGGGAUUGAACUACGGCAGCGGCAGAAAUGCAGGGCCACAUGUUGAGACGCCUGGAGAGUAUGCACAGCUGCUAGAGGAGGAGUGGACGCCGUUUGUGUUGAUGGAAGCAAUGCAGAUUGACAUUUGAAUGCAUGUGCGCCUGGCGGCACAAGCGUUUGACGAGAAACGCUGGAAGGGGAGGACCGAGGCGUUCGGUGGACGCUGUUUUCAAAGGACUUCACACUGCACCGAGCUACCGGGCAUCACAUUCGAUAUUCGUGUAAGUCACGCACUCUGGUAUAAAUAUCGUUGUUCAGCUU